GAAAACACUUUACCCUUUUAUUCUAUUCUAUUUUCUUUUCUCUUCUUCCCUAGGGUUUUAACGCUAGGGUUUCAGUGUUUCACUCUCUAUUCUUCUUUUACUCUGUUUCUCUCUCUCUCUCUCGGCAUAGCCAUGGAUAGGUACCAGAAGGUGGAGAAACCAAAGCCAGAGUCUCCUAUCAACGAGAAUGAGAUCCGAAUCACGACUCAGGGCGCUAUUCGCAACUACAUCACCUACGCCACUUCGCUUCUUCAGGAAAAGCAUGCAAGAGAGAUUGUCUUAAAGGCAAUGGGACAAGCAAUCAGCAAGACAGUUGCCAUUGCAGAGAUUUUAAAGAAGAGAAUUCCCAGGCUGCACCAAGAUACUGGCAUCAGCUCAGUUAGCAUAACAGAUGUGUGGGAACCCAUUGAAGAGGGUCUUGUACCUGUGGAAAUGACUCGACAUGUUUCUAUGAUCUCAAUCACCUUAUCAGCUAGAGAAUUAAACAAAAAUUCUCCUGGGUAUCAAGCUCCAAGUAACGUUGAACAACCAAAGCAACACACCAAUUAUCAGCAGCAACCUAUAAAACCAGCACGUGUUCCAUAUAAUGCUGUAAAUGAAGACUCAUAUGGGCGAGGACGAGGUCGGGGUCGGGGGAGAGGAAGAGGAAGGAAUUGGGGAAGAGGCGGUUAUGGCUAUCAAGGUGGUUAUGGAAAUUAUCAAGGUGGAUAUGGAUACUACCAGGGGGGUUAUGCAAAUUAUCAAGAUAAUGGGGGUUAUUCAAACCGGGGACGAGGUGGUGGGCGAGGUAGAGGUUGGGGUUAUCGUGGUACAGGUUAUGAUGGUGGCAGGGGUGGAGGUGCAGGGUAUGAGGGUGGGAGGGGCGGUGGUUAUGAAGGUGGGAGGGGUGGUGGGUAUGAGGGUGGGAGGGGUGGUGGGUAUGAGGGUGGAAGAGGUGGUGGGUAUGAGGGUGGAAGAGGUGGUGGGUAUGAAGGUGGCAGAGGUGGUGGUUAUGAAGGUGGCAGAGGUGGUGGUUAUGAAGGCGGCAGAGGUGGUGGUUAUGAAGGCGGCAGAGGUGGUGGUUAUGAAGGUGGAAGAGGUGGUGGUUAUGAAAGAGGCAGAGGUGGAGGAAGGGGUUAUGGACGUGGGAGGGGCCGAAUGGGUGGACGUACAAGGGGUGGUGCAAACCAGGCAUGAUUGCGAAGGGUGCUCUUGUCAUUCUUGCUAAAUGCUUGCCUUGACAGUGGGGUUAAUGUUUUAAGAAUACUGUGUUGAUAGUGUGAUGUGGCUUCAUGAUCCAGCAUUAUUAGGCAGUAUUUUAUGUUUCAUUUGUCAUGAAAUUGAAAUGGGCAAGGUUUUGUUCAUCUUUAGAUUUAGUUGCAAAGCAUCUUGGUUAUGAUUGCUGUAAUUCAUUUCAACUUUUAUGGUUGCCAACACCAUAUUUUUAUCUGUAUCUGGUUUAUAUAUGGCUUUUAUUUUAAUCAAAAAGUAGCUUUUUCUUUGAUAAA